AUGAAACCCAGCACAAUUCUCGGCUUUAUGAAACGUUUUACACAAUUUAGAGAUAUUGACGCCGCCUUGGAAGCCGUCCAAAUGGUCAAGGAGGCAGCACAUCCCCAAUUCCCCAUGGAUUCCGAUGGGGUUAUUCGCAAUUGCUGCAAGCUGCUAACGAUUGACUACGUUGUGGAUGAUGGCGGCCCCCGCAAUUUCCGCGCUCUUUCCAAGCUGCUCGAGCUCGGGGUCCCCCCCACUCUUGACCUGAUGAAUGUUGCUCUGUUGAACGCAUUAAAAUCAGGCGAUUCAAACGUGGCACGGGUUAUACUGAAUCAUAUGAGGGACGAGGGGAUGGAGCCUGACGCGUAUACUUACAUGGCGUUACUGACAGACGCUGUCCGCGUUGGAAAUGAAGAACACUUUCAAUCUAUGUUUCAAGAAUACCAGGUUAAGAAUGACUUGCAGCGCAAUCCUUGGAUAUUGAGCAAGAUACUUCAUGCACAUUUCCUCUACAUUGCGAAGGGAAGGGAUCUGGGUGAGGAUCGCGGAACACUUUUCCACUCCAUGCUUGAUAUGUAUGGACGAUUACAUGACGUCUCCCCUCUCAAGGAUCUCCUCAUCCUUCCUCGGACAUACGCCCAACAAGUUGACAACGUUACUCCGCCUUCCGUUGUGACUUUAUUCCUUAUUAUCGCAACAUACCUUCGGUGCCAGAUGAACAUGACCAAGGUGGUAGAUAUUUAUUCUCGCUUUCGGCAGUUGGUGUUGGAAGGUCACGAAAGUAUAGCUCCCCUCGCCGCAACCGAGCAUACUUAUAACGAAUUCUUGGUGGCAUUCAGAGGGAGCCCUGAAGGGUUUCGGCCUGCGGUGCGUGUCGUUGAGGAUAUGCAGCAAAGUUCAUCCUCCCACAUUAUCAUCAAGGCCCGUGCGAAUGGUGAGAACGAGCGGGUUAAACAUACCCCUGCAACUGCACGGACAUGGACUCUUCUCAUGAGCUGUUUUGUGUUUAACAAGCAGCCGCAUGCUGCUGAGAAAGUGCGAGCAAUGAUGGACCAGCACGGAGUUCAAUACAACGUAGAUGUCUGGAACAUGGUUAUCAGCAAUUAUGCCAAUUCGCAAAAUGUCCCUGCGCUUGCGCGAGCAUUUAAGCAGAUGGAGCUCGAAGGAACCCACCCAGACAGUUAUACACUCAACCCGUUGCGCUACCUCCGAGAUCCAGAGCACCUCUGGUUUGCCAUUAAUCAGUUGGAUCGAGCCGAAUUUCAGCAGGAUGUACCGGAAUCUGGUCGUGACGACCGUUAUGAAUCGCUCCUCGAACAAGGUCUUCAACGAUUUAAAGAUAACGCUAGGGCGAAAACAUGA